AUCCUCCCAGUAACGUGGGUAUAACAUCAAACCCUGUGUCACCCCUACUAGCUGACAGUACACCCACUUUAACUUGUGAGGCCAGUGAUAAGGGGAAUCCUGCACCAAACUACCGUUGGUGGAAUUCAAGUAACAACGAUAUCACAGACACAGAAUCUGCUGGCAAAUCAGUCAUUACUGUAGGGCCUCUAACAGACAGAGAUAAUAGACAGAUAUAUCACUGUGAAGCCUCUAAUUAUUACACUAUAAACAAACCUUCCACGAGUCCGAAUGCUACAUACACACUGAAUGUAGAAUUUAACCCGAUUAUAUCAACCCAAGCAUCUCCAAGUAGUACAGUUAAAGAAGGAAAUGAUGUGACCUUGACCUGUGAUGUAACCAAGGCCAACCCAACAGUUACUAGCUAUGUUUGGAGUAGAACCCAAGACAGAAACAAUGGCGUCCAUAACCAGGCCUCAUAUACCAUUAAUCAGAUACAGGUGGAGCAGAAUGGGACAUACACGUGUUAUGCCACAGCACAUUCCAGGCGUCAUGGCAACCUGGUCGGAGAGAGCAGUGUGACUUUGACAGUUAAAUACCUGCGUGUCUCAGUAGAAAGUAUCCCAGCCACACUGGAGAACAGCAGUGUCAGCUUUCACUGUAAACCAGAGGGAAUUCCAGGUUCAUUUGUUUAUAGCAACUGGCAAUUCCUGCCACUUACUGGAGGACAACCUGUAGAUCUACAUAGAAACCAGAACCCUCUGGUACUGAACAAUGCACAGUACACAGAUGCUGGGACAUAUAUAUGUACUGCUAGUAACUCCCAGUUCACGAAGACUUCAAAUGGAAGUUUAGCUGUCAAAUAUGCAGCCAAAAAAGAUCCAUCAUCUGACCGAGUCACAAACCUGGAAGUUUCAGCAGACAUUGGAGAGUCUGUAACCUUGACCUUGUAUAUCAUUGCUUACCCAAAACCCACAUCUUACUCCUGGAGGAAAAUAAACGGCAGUUUACCUUCUACAUACAAUCAGACAGAUCUGGAGUAUGCAUCAACACUGAGGGUUGACAAGUUGAGUGACAGUGAUUACGGCACCUAUGUAUGUAGUGUGGACAAUGGUAUUGGACAGUCUGUUUUUGUAUUCAAACUGGAAAGAAAAGGAAAGCCUGAUGCUCCUUCCAAUCUUGAAAUGUUCAACAUAUCAGCCAUCUCUGUGACUGUGCAGUGGAUUUCAAACAAAGAUGGUGGGUAUCCGCAGACAUUUCUGGUUGAGUAUAAAACAGAGGAUGGACCAUGGGUGUCUACUUCAGCAGUUUUAGAUCCAGGCUAUAAACAAACUGGGUUGAAAAAAGUGCCCAAUCUACAACCAAACACGAACUACAUGUUCAGAGUGGAAUCAAGGAAUGACCAUCAAGAUGGGAGUGGUGAACAGUUUGCUAGUGGAGGAUAUUCUAGCACAGUCACUGUGAAAACAAAGGUCCGUCCAAUUAUUCCUGAAACCAAUGGCAGUGAGAAACCGUCUUUGACAAUCUCAAAGGACAUCGCUGUUGUAUCUUGGACAGCCCCAGAGCAAGGUGAAGUAACAUCUUAUGGUAUCAAGUACUGUAUUAAGGGUACCCUGAUAUGUGUGGAACAUCGUGUAAAUAACAGCAGCACUACAUUUGCAGCAUUGCGUAUUACAGAAGGGAAAGAAUAUAUAUUUACAAUGAUUGUCUACCAAGGAGAUGAUGUUGUGUAUGAAUCUGAACCCUUUGCUCAAGGUUGGUAA